AUCUUGUUCCGGUCACGUGUCCGAUGUCAACAAAAGCUUUUGAAAACGCGGCGCCUCCACUUUCUGCUGCGACCUCAUUUAAAGAGGCAAAGUGAUGCCCGCCCCGGAGCCGGUUCGUUUGGGCCGGAAGAGACCGGUACCGUCCUGCCCCAACCCGCUGUUCCUCCUGUGGCUCACGGAGCUCCGCGACGAGGCCAAAGAGAAGGGCCUCAAGAUCUACUACACCUACCAGAAGGCCAUAAACUCUCUGAACAAAUACCCACUGCCGCUGAAAAACGCCAGAGAGGCAAAAAUCCUGCAGAACUUUGGAGACGGCAUCUGCAAACUGCUGGACGACCGGCUACAGAAAUACUACAGGCAGCACGGAUCAAACGCUUCCAUUCACAUUUUACCAGAAACGACUCCACCUGCUGUUCGAUUUGACGACAACAACCUGGCCCCAACCAAGAAGAAAAGUGCCCCCUCCAAGGGUGAUUCGGGGCGAGGAGAAGGAGAAGGAGGAGGGAAGAAGAAGAAGAAGAGGGAAUAUGUUCCUCAGAAACGUUCAGGGGGAUAUGCUGUUCUUCUGGCUCUGUAUCGGCACUGUCAGAUGGAGGGCAGUAAAGGCUACAUGUUUAAGCUCGAGCUACAGACCGAAGCCCAGCCGCUGUGUGACAAGUCUUUCACCGUGCCUGAUUUGGGCAGUAAGUACACGGCCUGGUCCUCGGUCAGUACUCUGAUCCAGAAGAAUCUACUCCUCAAGACGCACAACCCGGCAAGAUAUUCUUUGACCGAGGAGGGGAUGGCUUUGGCUGAGCGCUUGGAAUCAGCAGAGAGAGGAGGAGAGAAGGAGAGAGACAGAGAGGGAGGAGGAGGAGAAACGAGAGAUGAAAGGAGAGGAGGAAGAGGAGGCGAUGGAGAGAAGGCCUCAUAUGGAGACACAGAGCGAGCAGAGGAGGAAGAAGUGCUGGAUCUCACACAGAGCGAUGAAGAGGAGACUGAAGAUGUACUAAUUCCAGCAGAAAAACCCAGUGUAGCUCCAGAGUCCAGAGCCCAGGACGUCCAGACCAAAGCCCCGGCUCAGUGCCUGUUUCCCGGGUCCUACGAGAUCAUUCUGUGUGUGGACUUCAUCGAGACCACGGGUGGGGGUAAUAUCCAGUGUAAACAGGAGCUGGUGAAGGAGCUGCAGAGAAACGGAGUCAACUUCGACGUCCGAAAGUUAAACGUGGGCGACUUCCUGUGGGUCGCUCGAGAGAAGAUGGACCCAGUACCAGGUCAGUUGAGGGCCCCUUGUGGUCGGGAGCUGGUACUGGAUUACAUAGUGGAGAGGAAGAGGAUUGACGAUUUGUGCGGCAGCAUCAUCGACGGACGAUUCAGAGAACAGAAGUUUCGUCUGAAGCGCUGUGGUCUGCGGAGGCCCGUGUACCUGGUGGAGGAGUGUGGAGCCGCCGCGUCGCACCUGAGUUUACCCGAGUCCACCCUGCAGCAGGCCAUCGUCAACACACAGGUGGUGGACGGGUUCUUUGUGAAGAGAGUCCAGGACGUGAGAGAAUCUGCGGCUUAUCUGACCGUCAUGACGAGAUAUUUGAACAAACUGUACAAGAAUCGUUCUCUGGUGACUCGUUCUCGUGAGUUGGAGGGAGAUCGCUCUGAGGACCAGGAUGAUCCUUCGUGUUCGUUGAUUUCAUUCGCUGAGUUCAACCACGGAGCCGUCAAGAAUAAGUGCCAAACGGUGAGGGAGGUUUUUGCUCGUCAGCUCAUGCAGAUCAGUGGAUUAUCAGGAGACAAAGCCGCGGCCAUAAUACAGGAAUACCCCACUCCCCACAGUUUGCUGACGGCGUACGACCGCUGCUCAAACGAACUGGAAAGAGAGAAACUUCUGUCUUCAAUACGAUACGGGAAACUCAAAAGAAACUUGGGUCCAGCUCUGAGUCGAACCGUUUACCAGCUUUACUGCACCAAAGGCCCCCUCACUUAAACUCUGCUACGUUUGUCUGCGCUAAAGCUAAAGCGGGACGGGACCAGGACUAAACCCCGGGACGAGACCUGGACGAGACCUGGACGAGACCUGGACGAGACCUGGACGAGACCUGGACGAGACCUGGACGAGACCUGGACGAGACCUGGACGAGACCUGGACGAGACCUGGACGAGACCAGGGACUAAACCACAAUUAAAUUAGGAGUAGACCAGGACUAGGCUGCUACUUGAACAGGACCAAACUAAACCAGGACUCUACUGGGACUAGACCACAAAGAAGAAAGGAUUAGAACAGGACUAGAACAGAACCAAACCAAAUAUACAUCAGGACUAAAGCAGGACCACAUCAGGACCACAUCAGGACUAAACUGGGUCAGAACCAGGACAAGUCUGAACUCAGGUCUUGAUCUGAAAUGAAGUAAAUCCUUAGUUUAUUUUGUCGUUUCCAUGAGCUCCAUAAACUGUAUCUGUGAUGUCAAAUCUCUUACACUUGAACUUUUGUUUGCACUUAAAAACGCUGCUAACGUCGACUUAUUUCUGUUGUAGAUUUGUGUUGAAAAUAAUAAACAUUUCAUUUGAUAAGAUAAAAAAAACCAAAUAUAUUUUUU